AGUUGAUACACGUCGUUUUCCGAAGAGCUUUGAGCACGGGCUCUCGAAAUGCUGCAGUGUUCAGUCCUUAUGGGAACCCCGAGUUGGGCGAGCUAAGGUAAUCUGAACCCUCACGACUACCAGCCGGUCGCGCCUUCCUUCGUGGUUCAUAACCAGGCAACCAACCCCUCGUCCCGGGCCAUCCUAAGGUUAGUAGGUUGAUAUUGACAAUCAAACAAAGGCCGAUUAUUCUUCAGUGUCGGUACAACGGCAUGGUGCCGGUCUGGAUUGCGUGUAACUUCACAACAUCGCUCAGCAGCAACGCCAACGCACUUGGAAUUACAUUCAUUGUAUCCUCACCAUGUGUUCAUCCACUGAUACACCGCCGAUUGAACCAUGGACCGAGAGACUGCGGACAACCCGGGCCCGAAGCCUCAAGGGGUCUCCGAAACAGCAGCGUUCUCGCCGCCUCCCUUCUCCGAGACCAACAAACCUCAGCAGCACGGACAUGGUUGCCUCUUCCUCUUCGCCAAACAAGCACAAGUCGAAGUCCAAGGAGAAAUCACUUCAGUCCCUCCGCGAGCGCCUCAAAACGCCAGCUAAGAAACUCACCAGCCUCUCGCCCGUUGCCAAUGCGACAGCUAAGAGACCGCCGGCCAAGCCCUCCGUUGCCCCUUUCUUCAAGCGCAUUGAGGCUGCCUUCCAAGAUAAGCCAACAAACACAGCAAGAUCUACCAGACCCGCCCCUCGAGCGCAGGAGCCAGUCCGCCGUGCCGCUUCGCCAGAUGCAGAAGACCUGAUCAACCAGCUGAAGGAACACUACCUGCGCACGGCAACCAGUCUCCACAAGCAGGCAACGAUGCGCCUCAGCCUGACACACGCCGACCUGAACCGCAAGCUGACGCAGUCGCUGGUCAAGGACGACGAGGCGUUUCUGGCCGACACGGAGGCCCACAUCAAGAAGCUGACCCAGCCGCUGGACAGGUUCCGCAUCCGCUCGCAGCAGCGUGUUGGUGGUGCCGCCGCCGCCGACGGGGACGGCGACGGAGCGCUCCGCUGCGAAGAGAACAGCGUGGGCGAGCUGAUCGCCCGCGCGGAGGAGCAGGUGCGGCUGUUUGAGAGGGACGUGGCGGCGCUGUGGAAGGAGUGGGCUGUUGCUGAGAGCGAGGUGCAGAAGUUGUUACGGGGGGUUGUUCAUCCUGCUUCUGCUUUGGGACAACAGGGUGGAGGUAGUGUUGGCGGCGGCGACGGAGAGGGAUAUGGUGAUGGUGAUGAGGGGGAGGAGAUGCUCAGGAGGUAUAGGGAGGUGGUCGAGAAGGAGAUUGUAGAGGCCGAGGAGGAAGUUGUUGAGAUUGGGGAGGAGGCGGUGGCGAUGAUGAAGGAUGUUGAGAAGGACUUCAGGAAGACCACCCUGCCUGACUUGCACAUUUUCUUUCAGUCUAUUGACGAGCCGUGA